GAUAUUCCAAGUAAGGUGAAAGAAUCCGUGGUGUACGUAGUUUAUAUGCACAGUGUUAUCUACCAAGCAGAGACCAUUUCUGUUCCUGCAGGUGCUUGUCAUAUUUUUUAAGGAAAAAAAGGUGGCAGGGUAAAUUAGUUGAGAUGCUCAGAAGAAAAGGCAGCAGGCAUAGAUUUUUGUCAUCUCUUACUUAGUCAUGCAAAGCUGGGAUGAAGAAGCUUUGUUCUUGAAGGUGAAGAUGAUGGCAAGAGCUUCAGUGUAGGUGUUGAGUGUUAAUUGCUGUCUUUCCCUUUCUUCUAGCUGAUGACUAGGAAUCCACUAAUGUUAAGCUUUGAAGCAUGCGUCAGGAUUUUAGGAGUAACCUUGGGAUACUGUAUAUAGCACAGGCUAUACAAGCCCAAGUUAUGCCUUUAUGAGAACUCCCUGUGAGACUCUUGAGAUGUUGUUGCAGAGCACAGUCCAACAGGUAGCAUUGCGAAGGGUGACAGACCAGGAUGUGAGGUUUGUUGGCAUCUGGAGGACAACUUCACUUGAAUGGCUCUUUCAUAUUAAUACUUAACUCCAGGUAAAUCUCACCAGAUGUUAAUGACAUGUCUCCUUGAAUCGUCAUCUUUUGUUCUGCUGCUGUUUAUCUAAUGCAUGUAUGAGGAUGACACCCCAUAAGCAAGCAUUUGUUAGCCAACUCCAGAGCCCCUCUUCCACACUCUUCAAAGCUGUCAUAUCUGCACCGAGGUUGGAGAGCUCUUUGUUCACAUCAUGUAUCUUGCUGCCUGUGGAUUUCUUUUGGCCACAGCUGACCCUUAGAGUUGGGGCCUUAGAGACUAUAUAUGGAACGUGAAUGUUUGCUUUCCCCCCCACUACCCACAGGCCACCUCUGCCAAGCACAUGGGGGUCAAUCCUUGCGGAUUUUCUGAUGCAGGCUCAGAUGGCAACCUUGCAAUGCUCACAUGAACCAGCACAGUAGCUAUGGAUGUCAAGGAGCUUUUCUGUAUAUUAUCUCAAAAACUUCUUCCAUCCUGUGGAUGUGUUUAUCCCUAAUAAAAUGACAUCUGUGAAUAAGAAGGCGGCACGUGGUGGGUCUGGCUGGAGUGCAGUCUCAAGGCUGUGGUCACCUCUCGAUAUAGCCGUAUGUUCGAAGUUCAUCCUCUCAGUUUGAGAGCUACGCUGUCUGCUCUGAUAGCACUAGAGGGGGCCCUAGGACAGAGAAGAAAAAGGGAAAAUAAAAAAGCCGGGGGGAAGAAGGGUUAAAAACAACCACCACUGCAAAGCCGAGGAUGGAUGACCAGGACCUGUCUUUAAACUACUGAAAUACUAAAUUACAUUGCUAGUUUUGACCUCACUUUUAAGGGCCUUCUGCUACUGUACCAUAGGUCCUUUUCAUAAUGUAUGGUCUGGUUCAAAGCAGAGGGAAUGAGAAUCCUCAUAGUCAGUUUACAAGAUUCUGGCCAUGUUCCUGGCCAUAGCAAAAAAACCCAAACCCACAACCUCACUGUUUCCAUCCUACAAUUAACAGGAGCACAGCUUCACUAUAUACUUGCUUUUCACAUGAACUCUGUUGGCACCAUAAUGGUGUUUUUCCUUUAUUUUUUUUUAUUUCCCUAUAAAAAGUCUCCUGGGUAUUUUCCAUUUUCUCAAUAUGCAGCAAAUUAUAAUGGGGGAGAGAAAGAGCAUCUUUUGGCACUUAAUCUUGUGUAAAAGGACCCAAAUAAUGCUUUCAGCUUUGUCAGUGUAAAUCCUGAUUAAUUCAAUCCUAGUCCAUCACAGUGGCAUGGAGUUUGUACAAGCAUUAUGGGUCCAAGAAUAGUGACAAAAAUGUAACCCAGGGAUCUGUAAAGUGUUUUGAGGUAGUUCUGUUAAAGUAAAAUUCUACUUAAGGACAAAAAUGUAUAUGAAAACGAUGGAAGAAGUGUAUAGCUUUCAAGCUUGGAAAAACCCCUUAUAUACAGUCUGCUAUCUAAAGUACCCUGGAGAAAAGAACAUACUGUAGUCAUCUGACAGAAAUGCACAUGAAAUGGGAUGGGGAGAUGGAGCUGAGGCUACAAACUGACUGCAGAAUCACAACAACAAAGUAAUUUCUAUGAAGGGGAAAAGUAGAAUCACACUUUUGUCUGCAUUUGAGAUUUAUCUGCGCAAUUAAAUGAUUGUGUGCAUAGCUCGGUACAAAAACAUUAAAUUAUAUAAUCCCAGUGGGAGGAACACUUUACAGUCUGAGUAUGUUGUCUUAUUAAAGGAAACUGCUUAUCUAAAACCAAGUCAAUGUAUGUGGUGAAAAGUAGGUUUUGCCCUCAGAUCAGACAUGGGUAUAUCCAUCUCAGUUUUUUUUCAGCCAGUUUUUUUCUCUCCCUUCUCUUUCAGAGACCCUGCAAACAACAGUGAAUUCCAGUAUAAAUGGAAUAUAAACAAAGUUCAUAUAUGGUAUAAACAUAUGAGAACCGCAGUGGAAUGGUAUUCAUAUAAUUUUAGUUAGAGUGAUGUUAUUCUAACUACAAGUGAAAGGCCAUGUAACAGACAAAGGUAUUUUAGACUUAAUGCUUCCUGUGUUAAUGCUUAAUUGUUCUGUGUAACUACAGUUAGCUUAAGAACCUGUCCUACUUAUUCACACUCUUUUACUCUCUGAGGUAUUUGGCAGAUAAAUAGGACUGUUGACAAGAAAUAACAAGCAAUUGAGUUUUAUUUGCAAAUACGCAUUGCAUGAACCAUUAUCUAAUACAGCACUGAACACAUACUGUUCAGUAAUAAUUAGAAAAGGAUGUGGUAUGAGCAAAAAAGCUUUAUUCUUUAGAAGUGUUCUUUGAUUCCUUGUAAUGUAAGUCACACCAGAGGUUUCAUUUCCUUAAGUUACACGCUAAAAUGUAUGAAGAGUCACAUUUUCUCUUCUAAAUGCAUGGGUAUAUAUAAAAUGUAAUUUCUUCAAUAUGAUUGCAGUGAUAAUUUUCCCCUUAAGAGAUGGCAUUAGAUAUAGUCUCAAAGAAUACCGUAACUUGUUAAUUGAACUGCCAUAUAAAACCACCAUCCUAUAUGAAUGUCAGAAAGCAGUAGUUUUGAGUGUGGAAAUUUGUCACUUAGGAACGUCUAGACUGUAUAUUAGAUUUCCAUUAAGUCAAAGUGGGUUAGAAAAAAAGGUUUAGAAAUUCAUAGUGGAAAUUAUUGAGCUUACAUCAAUUUGCAGCACUACACCCUCAAGUAAUCAGUGCAAGUUCCAACAAAUCACAAUGCUGCUGGGACUUUCCCAGUAGACAGCACUGCUGGAAAUGCUUCCUAUACUUAAUAAGUAAACGGGCUUUCCUGGGAGCAAAACAAGGAGUCUGACAUGUUGUCUCACAGUAAAGAGCACCGGUACAAGAUGAUUUUUGGCUUGGCUUUCUUGAACAUAACAGCUUGGGAUUGCACAUCAUAAACUACUGCUGCAAAAAGAAGUGCAGGAGUUUCCGCUUUAUAACCUGGGUCCGUUGAUCCCCUUGCUUUGCUAGUGUAAAGAAGCCUCUGAAUCUGCUUGUGCAGUUAGAAGUAGGCAUUAGCAUCUAGGCAGGGCUGUCUGUUCACACUUUAGUUGUGAGAAGACAGACAAAGGUCUUUCUUUGGAAGCUGAAUAAGACUAGUGUAUGUACAGGGACAUGCUUGCAUGCACCCUGGUGCUUUUCGUUGUCUCUAAAGUCAAUCUUCAGAUGAACUGAGCAAAGACUCUCCUACAAUAGCUAGUUCUUCCAGGCCUGUACUUCUCUUUGGAAGUUUUUCAUUCCAAAGCAGGUUUUCUCCAUGUGAGAAGGAAAAUGGGAAAGCAGUGCAGUGUCAGGGUCGUUUUAAUUCCUUGAUGUCCUCCACUGCCUCCACCUCGGCCACAAAGAUGUCCCUGUUCUGCUGGGGUGGCAGGUGCUGAGCCUGGGCUGAGCAUUGCAGCCCUUCAUCUGCAGGAGCAGAACACUCCCCGCGCUGAGCUCCUUGGACAUGUGUAUUGGCAGCUGUUAAGGGGCAGACACAAGGUCCUUUAACAACUGCACAUAAUUCAGAUGACUUCUCUGGAAAUGCUAAUGUAUAAGUGAACAAGUUCACUUUUAGAGACAAUUGAUAAUUCAAUUAAAAUGUAAGAGUAAAUAGAAUGUGCUUAUAUGCACUCCUUGCAUUUGCUUUCUUAAUAAGUUGAACUUCUUGCCAUUUCAAUGAAACUCAAAUACUUACAUUACCAUUCUAAUGCCUGGUUUGUGUGUAUGGUCACAUUUCAGUAAUGACAAAGCGCAGUGUAGCAACUGUCACGUUACCUAGUACUGUGAAGACAAGUAGCUGUAAAGAAUAUGAAAAUAGGGAAAUGUUAUUCCCAAGUGCAGACUGUGCUGGGGAAGAGGGGGACAUGAGAAGGAUGAUAUUUCAUCUAAAAUACAUGUCGGGUUCAAAAAGGUACCUAAAUAUAAGUACAAAACACUACUACUGGUGACAGUGAAGAUAGCAAAGGGCAUCAUCAGCUCUAUUUCACCCUAGCCUUACACUGUGUACAGUUUCUCUAGUGACCUAAAGUCUUUCUUCAACUAAAAUUUCCAUUGAAACCAUGUGCUUUAAAAUAAAUACAUUUAACUUCCUUUGUACUCAUAAAUGCAAAAUUUCACAGUUAACCACUGAAAAAUGAGAAAGGCCAAAGAAAGGUUGAAGUAUCUCUGCUGGUCAGCCCAGAUUAAAUCUGUGGGAAACUGAGUGACUAUGAAGAAUAGGCUUGGGUACGAUAGGGUGUACAAAUAAAAUGACAAUGUAAUGUGAGGUUUUGACAACAAAUCAAUCAGAAAAAGCAGGAACAGACCAUAGUUUUAAAGUCGUGCUGUGUUAAUUUGAGAGCAGUACUAAGGAAAUCAAAAUUCACCAAUUAACUCUCCCUGAAGUGAUGAUGGCUAGGACAUGUAGAUGAACUUUAGGGAGCAACUGGUGUUACCCACCUAAGUUCCAGGAAGAGAGAUCAUAAAAUGAAGUUCUGUUUGGCGAUACCCGCCUUACAAUGGGGCAGGGUAUUAGCAAUACCAUUUUCUUUAACACCUUUUCUUCCCCAUCCUCACUGGUUGAUACUGUUCCAGCAAGGAAAUCCUGGUGGUUUGCAGAAUAGUAGCAGCAGAACUCGUGAUAGUUACUGAAUAUGAUGGACUAGAAGCUGGUUCGGUUUUGAUGAAAGAGCCAUGUAAAAAGAGAAUUCACCAACCCCUGUGACUGAAUUUGAGCGAUAAUGUCAAUGGAAUUAACACAUUGCCAUUGUUGAAUGGUCUCCUGUGGCUAUAUAAACAUCAAGGCUCAUUGUCACCGUCUCACCUAAUGCAGGAGACAAGUAGCUGAUGUGGAUGUUGCAUAGGAACUAUAAUUUCUUGUGUCACAAAACCACUGACAAUGGCUGCAUUACAGAAGCCAGAGCUGGUCAGUUAGGACAUGCAGAGGAUCUCCUGAACCAGUAAGAGACAGCUCUUCAGAAGAACAGGAGUUAUGGAGCCCUUCUGCAUUUCUGCUCUAGGGUUCUUCAGGAAACUUGUCUGCAGAUGGCUCACAGUUCUAGUGCCAAAACGGUCCCCAGCCUUGUGACGGCUGCAGCUUUGGCCAACAGCAGGGGACACCAGUGACAGUGGCAGCCCCAGCCAUUGCUGCAGAUCCUUCCUCUCUUUGUCCCUUUGGACAUCAAAGGAUCGCAAGGGGACAGCCCUGGCCAGAAGCUCCUCCCUGCUCAUUAGCCUCCAUAAAACAGGAACUCACCUUGGCUGGCUGUGCUUGGAGUCCCAUCCUCAUCCUGGUCACUCUUGACACUGGAUCUCAGAAGGAAGGGCUUUUGCUUAUUUCAGGAAGUCAGACCUGCUUUUGAACUGGACUAUUUUGGCACCCCUUGUAAGAACUUUGCUGUCUCUCCUGGCCGUGCAAGCUCCUAGACUCCACAGUACAUGGCAAAAUGCAAGCUUUACCAGACAUGAAAGUGCCAUGUGAGGCCCUUCCUUCCCCCAGCCUGGAGCACUACCCACAGAGCUCCAUUGUGGUCACCCUUGAGGACAUGGAUCUCUGGAUGAAGUUUCAUCAGAUAGGAACUGAGAUGAUCAUCACCAAAUCGGGCAGACGAAUGUUUCCACAAUGCAAAAUCAAAGUCUCUGGCUUAAUCCCUUAUGCCAAGUACCUCAUGCUGGUAGAUUUUGUGCCAAUGGACAACUUCAGGUACAAGUGGAAUAAAGAUCAGUGGGAAGUUGCUGGAAAAGCAGAGCCCCAGCUCCCUUGUCGCACCUAUGUCCAUCCAGAUUCCCCAGCUCCUGGCAGCCACUGGAUGAAAGAACCUGUCUCCUUCCAAAAACUGAAGCUCACCAACAACACUCUGGAUCAACAUGGGCACAUCAUCCUGCAUUCCAUGCACCGUUACAAGCCUCGCUUCCACAUUGUGCAGGCAGAUGACCUCUUCAGUGUCCGCUGGAGCAUCUUCCAGGUCUUCAGCUUCCCUGAGACUGUCUUCACUUCUGUUACUGCCUACCAGAAUGAGCAGAUUACAAAGCUCAAGAUUGACAACAACCCAUUUGCUAAAGGUUUCCGUGAGCAUGGGAAGAACACACGAAGGGAAGGACGAGCCAAAUGCCAGAAGCCUAGUCCAGCCAAGGGCCAGAAGAGGAAGCUACCUGAGGAAAAGGAGUCUGGUGCAGAGGAACGUGAUUUUGAGAAAGAUGAGAAUGUGGAUGUGAAGGAAGAGAGUAACCCCGUGGUGGUCAGCAGUGGAUACCCCUUCUGGGUCUCAGAGCAGAACAGCAGCCAUGCCUUUCCUGCAGCAUCCCCAGUGCCCGCUGACCAGAGGGAGGGUCUGGCCAGAGAGCAGCAAGUGCCUACGCCAUCCUACCAGACAUAUCGGUUCCAUGAAGCUGGGGACAGCCAGCAGCUUCCCACCCGCGAUGCCACAACCUUGAACGACUUCCGGGCAAGGUGCCAUGCCUUGGAUCUCUCCACAGUGCCUGAGCACGACUCCAAACAGCUCCCAGAGGGCUUCACCAACCUGCCUCCUCUCCCCCCGCCUCUGCCUCCUCCCCAGGACUACACAGGAGUGGUGAACAUGGCUCUAGACUCUGUCGGGAAACCCGGGGCCCGAGCACCCAUGUACAGUCCCUAUGGCACCGAGCAAGGCCUUGGCCAGUGGAUGGUGCCUUCCCACAGCCAGUACAGGGCAAUGAGCUACUCAGCCUUCUCCACAGAGUACAAUACACAGGGGGCUCCGGGACAUGCCCAUGGGACCAUGGCAGAGUGGAGCCAGUACCCUCUGUUCCCCUAUGCCUGCUGGUGAACUGGGAGGACCCUUCCCAAUAAAAAACUGAAAGAAAACUGUAAAUGAGAUCAGACCUGCUCUGGGGUGUUGACCUUUUGAAGCCUUGCAUACACAAGGCAAAGAGGUAUUGCUGCAAGCAGUAGCGUGGGACUUCCUUGUUGCCUUGCUCAACAACCCUUGCUAUGUUUCACAAGCAACAGCUAAACUGAUGGCUGCCUGGCCAUGGCACUGUGGGUCUGGCUGAAUAAAUGUGUUCUGCAAUAUUGGGGUGUUUUUCAGCAGGAGUAGGAAACUGCAGGAGCUCCAGAGCAAUAUUUAAAGAGCUGAUGAGCUCUCAGACCCAGCCUGUUUGCAUCUCACAUUUGGCUGUUUCCAAAAUCUCUUCCUCCCAGGACUUAUAUGCAAGGAGAGAGAGGCUGAAGAGUUUCAGUAAACUGUCCAGGUGGCCAAAAAGCUGUAGAGAAUUAUUGCAGAGAUGAACAAAAGAAGCAAUCCUGGUGUCCCCUUGAGCAGUUUCCUCACUUAGUAUAGUCAAACUAAAGUUAGAGUCUUGCCUUUCUUCCAGCAGCAUACGAGAGUAAAAUGCACAGCAGCACCUGUGUGUCUGGAGUGCAGCAGUGGCUCGUGCAGGCAGGGAAGAGUUUGUCCUGUUCAGGAGAAGCAGCAGCAAGGCUGUGUGUUGUGUCUGCAUGUCCCCUGUGCCCUCUUCUGUCACCCCUAGAUUCGAGGUUAGUGAAACACUUUUCUUUCUGCUGGUGGUGGAGGGAGGUUGUUCAGAGUGUGGGGGGCUGCUCUGGGGGGUUACAAAGGCCUGUGCUGGUCAGGAACAGGGCCACAAACAGCACUGCUGGCUGUGCCUCUCAAUCUCUUCCUUUCAAGGGAAAGGAUAUCUUUCACUGUGACCUUUUCAUCCUUCUUCCACCCCCUGCAGCCCCACGAGAAUAUAAUUUAUAGUUGUUGUUAUUGUGCUACACUCUGAGCAAGCUCUGUCAACAGGCAGUUCUCACCAGCCUGGCAUUGCUCAUCAGGAAUAUACUUCAAUUAAUACCCUGUAGGCACUGAGCUACAUGCUGCAUUGCUGGUCAGCAGUCAUCUUUCACUGUCUGGAGGGUUGUAGGGAUCUGCUUCCAGGUUCAGUUGUUAGAGGCGUUUCAGCUCCCUCAUCUCUGUGGCCCCAUCGUGGGGAGGAGCUGUUCUGCCACUGAGCAGCCUGUAUGCUGCCUUGCAAAGAGGAUUUAUUUUCAUCUUCAUAUUAGAAGGGGGGAGCAUCCCUCUUUGCCCAAGUGGCAGAAUGGCCCUGGCAAUGGGGUCUUGUUUGAGACGGGCUCUUUGCCUCUCAGGGAGAAUAGACGCGUUCCUAGGUGUUAUUUAGGGGAUGUUUUCUUGUAACACUUUAAAUAAACUGCUGUGUGGCCUGUAGCCAUCAGUAGGCAGUGAGGUGUGUCAUUUAUCCUGUAUGCCAGAUGGGUUUCUCUCUGUGUGUGCAGCAAGGUGUGGUCUGUGAGCGGUCCUGCUUGGGUUUGUGACCA